CCAGAGGUCACCGCAAAUUUCCUCCCCCCGCGGCUUCGCAGGCCGCUGACAAAUGGUCACCCCUUUUGAGAAUUUGGGCAGAUGUUCACCAUGUGUGACUGUCCGGGAACUCUUUUUUUGGGGGGAAAUGGGAAUUUGGUACCUAGUGUGAGCGUGCCCGAAGUCUGGAAAUGCUCUCGCUUUCUCGGCACCACAGGUGGGGACCACCACGAGCCGAGCUUGCCACAGAUCGAUCAUAAUGAUUUUGUAAAGAUGCACAUCGAGUCUGAGGAGGCUGCAUUAGAGAGCUCGUGCAUUCUUCUCUGUUUCUUCUUUCAAUCCUUGUUGCCUGCUUCAUGCUCUGCAGGAUCGGCUUCACUCUCGAAUGGAACGCAUGGAGCAAUCAAGGAGGGUGGAAGGAGGAGGAGGAGGAGGAGGAGGAGGAGGAAGGGGGGAAGAUGGAGAAUACAGAGGAGGUUGCUUGUCAAUGAUUGGAGAAUCGACGACUUCGGUCAGGUUGUCGGAAAUGAGAACAUUCCUCUGGAGCAUCGCCACGUGUCAAGCGAUGACGACGAGUCAUCAACAACAUCGGCGCGCAGCUCGACCUCAUCUUAUCUAAUUAGCCACCGCCGUGGCAUGUCCGCUAUCCGAUCGGCCUCGGUCCCCUCAUCUUCAAGCACCGGGUUAUCGUCAGCGACCGGUCGUCGCAGUAAUUCGUCGGCGACGGCGACCGCUUCCUCGCAUCCACCGACCGCUCCGGCGCAUCAGGCGGCGACCACUUCAACGGACCCGGCGACCGACUCUGCGCGGAUCCCAACCGUUUCGAGUCUGAGACACAUGGCACCUGCUCCCGCUUCUUCGCAAGGGUCGGACGCUUGGCCGCAGUCGCGCCCUAAAGCGAUGGCCGGUAUCCCGGCUCCUCCUGAUCAACUCAACGGCGAUCCUUUUGCCAUCAUGACGCACUCCUCAGCUUCAUUACCCUCCUCCUCUUCUUUUCUACGUCAUUCCCAAGGGAGCUCGCAGUACUGGAGGAUGGCACUAAUUAUCUCGACGUUUGUCGGGGUCGGAGGACUCAUGCUUUGCGCGGCAAACAUCUUUCGAGAGGGGCGUGUGCCCCUCGAUGGACAGAUUGGGGGAGUGGCGGAGGUGGAGGUGGAGGUAGAGGAGCAGGAGGGGGAGGAGGGGGAGAUCGUGGAGCAGGUCGUGACUAACUGAGAAGAACGUACGGUGAACGGACUCACAUGAAUACUACGCUCGAGGAAGGAGGAGGAGGAGCAGAAGGAGGAGGAGGAGCAGAAGGAGGAGGAGGAGGAGAUGGCGGAAGAGGAGGAGGAGGAGAGGAGGAGAAGAUGGCGGAGCAGGUGGUGAGACGAAGGAGGAGGAGGAGGAGGAGGAGGAGGGGGGGAGAUCGCGGAUGCGGUGGUGACAAACUUAGAAGAACGUAUGGGAACAGGAUUCGCAUGAGUACUUUUUCGAAGGAAUCUACCCGGAAUUAAGCUCAGAUGCACCCAGGAAAGUUCAUACUCAACUAUGCUCCGAGUCUCUUAUUAGCCUUUCGAGAGCCGUCGUCGUCGUCGUCGUCUUUGGCUAUGGAGGAGAUGGAGGUUGAUGAUGGAGGAGAGAAGUUCAAUCGGGAAGGCGAUGAUCGUGGUGGCGGAGAAGGUACCAAUUAAUCUCUGCUUCUCUCGGAUUAAUCGGUAGGAUACGGUAAUCGACGACCUCUUCUCUCGAGCUCGGGGGAUGCCGAUCAUGAAGAAGAGGUUAUCUAAAUUCGAGGGAAGAGGGAGGGAUACUAAUCUCUUCAAAUUGUUUAUCUAGUAGAGGAAGGAAGACUUUAAUCGGCUUCUUGCUUGUUACUUCGCGUUUCGCAUGCUGCCUACCCGUCUUUUCCCGAAUACAACGUACCGUCAUUAUAGGCUUAUAGCUGAAUUUGGGGUAUCUUUCAGUCUACAUUCAGCUGUAAUGACCUUACGUUCUAUUCGGGGGAAGAAGCGGGGUAGCUCAACCUCAAGCCAAGCUGACGUGGAAGAAGAAGGAUACCGACUGAGUGAUCUGUUGUCUAUCUAGAGGUGACCGUCUUCUUCGUCGUCUUCAUCUUCAUCGUCCUUGUCGUCUUGUACUGACAUAUCACGUGGCAGCAAUGGCGCGGUUCAACAGCGAGAAAGGGGGAAGGAACGAUGAUGGGUUGAUGAUGGGUUGUCCACGUGGCGAUGAUGGGGACGACGAGAACGAUGAUGCGGGGGGAAAAAGAACUUAGCCGAAUGAGCUGAUGAUGCCGGAGGUGAUGAUCUGUGUGUCUAUAUGAUAGCAGCAUGGUGGUGAUGGUUGAUGGUGGAGCAAUCCCGAUCCGUGUGAGAGUUCAUCGACCUGCGGAGGAUCUUAUCGGGCUUCGAAUCGUGAACCUUGAACCUACCUACAAGGCGAAAACUGAAGUCU